AUGGCUGCCUCCGCCGCGAGUCCCCCAGAGGUGAUCCGCGCGGCGCAGAAGGACGAGUAGCGCGGGCCUGGCGGAGCGGCGGCGGGCGGCGCGCUGCACUGCCUGGCGGGUGCGAAGAAGUGGCUGGAGUGGAGGAAAGAGAUUGAGCUGCUCUCAGACGUGGCCUACUUUGGCCUCACCACACUUGCUGGCUACCAGACUCUCGGGGAGGAGUAUGUCGGCAUCAUCCAGGUGGACCCAUCGCAGAGGCACGUGCCCUCUCAGCUCCGCCGCUGCGUGCUGGUCACAGUGCAUGCCAUCCUGCCCUACCUGCUGGACAAGGCCCUGCUCCCCCUGGAGCAGGAGCUGCAGGCUGAGCCCCCCGACAGCAGACGGCCCUCCCAGGGGAGCCUGGUGCUUGCCGGGCGUGGGCGCCCUGGGGUGCGGCGCUGGGUGCGGCGCCACACAGCCACCCUGACGGAGCAGCAGAGGAGAGGGCUCCUGCGGGCCAUCUUCGUCCUCAGACAGGGCCUCGCCUGCCUCCAGCGGCUCCACAUCGCCUGGUUUUACCUCCACGGCGCCUUCUACCACUUGGCCAAGAGGCUCGCCGGGAUCAGUUACCUCCGCGUGCGACACCUGCCUGGAGAGGACCUGAGGGCGCGUGCGAGCUACAAGCUGCUGGGGCUGGUGUCCCUGGUGCACCUGGUGCUCUCCAUGGGGCUACAGCUGUACGGCUUCCGGCAGAGGCAGCGUGCCAGGAAGGAGUGGAGGCUGCACCGCGGCCUGUCUCACCGCAGGAACUCCUUGGAAGAGAGAGCAGUUUCCAGAAACCCGCUGUGCACACUGUGCCUGGAGGAGCGCAGGCACUCGACGGCCACGCCCUGCGGCCACCUCUUCUGCUGGGAGUGCAUCACCGCCUGGUGCACCACCAAGAUGGAAUGUCCCCUCUGCAGGGAGAAGUUCCUCCCCCAGAAGCUUGUCUACCUGCGGCACUACCGCUGACCUGGCGCCCAGAUGCAUCCAGAAGUGGAUGGCGAAACUCAGGAGUCUUUGAAUAUCGAGGGGAAAAGUUUUAUCCUCAAGAUUAACUUUACUUGCACAGAAACUAUAAAUUCUCACAUUUUCUGGUUUUUUGUCACAUCAGAGACCCUGCUAGCCACCACCCAGGGCAGAGGCGGGAGGAGUGUCUCCCACUCCCCCGUGUGGAACAACGUGGUUGUUCUUCAGGAAUUGCACUUACUGGACAAGGUUUUAGGUUUCCCUCCCCCAAACCAUACUCCUCUCAGGAGCAGACCAGAAGAAAACUUUACUCACUUAGGAGAAAAUGAUGCCUACAUCCAGGUGUGGCCAGGCAUUGGACUGAAUGUGCACCGCAAGCUGGGACAGGCGAGGGGACGUGAGUUUGCUCCAGCCAGAGUCCCACGGGCAGGCCCCACCCACUGCCCAGGAGGCUCCUGCAGGCAGAGCUGUCCCCAGGGCUUGCUGUCAGGACCACAUGGCAUGGAAAGAAACAAGCUGAGGGUUAACAUCUCUGUGAAAUGUUUGGCACGUACCUUUUAAUACACGUCAAGUCUGUGUCCAGCUCUAGAGAAUGGAACUCAGCAUCUGGGCCCUAGCACACGUAGAGGGACCGCUUCCUGCCUGGGCGGCAGAGCCCCUCAAGUGGGUUUCAUUUUCUCAUCUCCCAGCCCGCAAUCUCAGAUGCCAACAGCUCCGAGGGAAGGCUGCCAAGUCGGCCAUGCCCUCUCCUGGAGGCCGGGCGGGCACGAGGUCACUGCUGUGCCCAGCCCCCUCGGCUCAGCCCCAGCCCACUUCCCGCCUCUGGUGUUUCCAGGUUUUAAAACUGUUUAACUCAUGCCAGAGACAGAACUUUGCUGUAGGCAUCUUUAAGAAACUAAUUCCACAGAAAUGUUGGUAUGUUAACAAGACUGAACUGAAAAAAUCUCAUAAAACAUGGUGUGAAAAUGCCCGUCAGGAUCUGGGAACCUCGGCAGGGCUCAGCCCAGCCAGCAGCACUGGCUUCGGCAAGGCCUGUUCGAACCGUUUCCUAGUGUCUGCCUUAGAAACAGAUGCCUCCGUACCCCCGGGUUAGCCACAGCCAGCUUGCCAGAGACAGGCCCCGGGAGAGGCGCCGCAGGCUGCGGGCGGGCGGCCAUAUGCCUCCACGGCUACCACAAGCAAAGUCUGUGGGAGAGCGCAAAGCUCGGUGCCACACGCCCCAUCUUCAGCGCCCAGUGCUUUGCUUCACACUACGCCCCAGCCAAGCGUGCAUUUCCUGCCUCAUCUUGGGCCUGAGCAUUUACUGGGAAAACUGCAAAAAACAUUCUGAGUUUCAGGAUCCCAAGUGCUUGAACAUGGCAACAAAGGCACCGAUUUGCAACAUCACUUGAAUACGAAGGGUCAGGCAUUCAGAAGGGCUCUUACGGCCUCGUGAGAGAGGAGCCCAGUUUCGGACACACAACACUGGCACGAGAGCGUCCAGAGAGUGAACGUUCAGAGUCAAACUGCAGGAUGGGUGCAAAGCAGCGCCCGGAGUGGGGAGCGUCCCAACAGCCAGAGAUCCAGAAGGAAAGACCUUUGCGUUUCGGUGUCUGCCCGUGACCGCAGCCGUGCUGCUCGGCUGUUGGCAAAAACGGUUCACUUUUCAGGGAGGCCAGAAGGAAGCUGGGCUUUCUUGUGUGCAGCAACUGUAGCAUGUUAGAUAAAGACCACACAAGAAAGGGGACACUGUCUUUAAUAAAGGUGGAAUUUAGAAAAUCACUUA